AUGGAUACCCGGUAUGAAAAUACCUUCAGCUGGGGUCGCUUCACAGAUUCUGGCAAUUAUUGCAAAGAGUUGCUUCCAUUUAACUUUGAUAAACCAUCUGAUAUAAAGGGUCUAUUGACUUUCAUGGAUGUGGCUGUAGAGUUCUCUAAGGAGGAAUGGGACUGUCUGGAUUAUGCUCAGAAGGCUUUGUACGGAGAUGUCAUGUGGGAGAAUUACAACAACCUGCUUUCUGUGGCUCUAAAUUGUGAUCAUUCUAAGAAGCUAUUUCCAACGGUACUUACACAGGACUAUAUUCAGAAGAUAAUAACACAAAGAUAUACAUGUAAUAGCCUUUCAGCUCUACAUAGAGAGAAAUUCUGGGACUCCAGACCUGGAAGUGAAGACUGUGAAAUAUCUUAUUAUAGAAAUGAUCUUCUUGGAAAACACAUCUGUUUCACUCCUGAAACAGAUCAGGAAACCCCAGAUACUCCUCCUGAGAGAAUUCAGUCCUCAGAUCUUAAGACUCACUUCACAAUUUCUACUCAAGGAACAACUUACAAAUAUAAUGAAUGUAUGAAAUCCUCUAUGCUGUUCUCAAGACUUAAAACUCAGGACAGAAUCCAUACAAGAGAUAAACUCUACAAAUGUAAUGAAUGUGGAAAAUCCUUUACAAAUUCCUCAAAUCUUCAUGUUCACUGCAGAAGUCAUACUAGAGAGAAACCUUACAAAUGUAAUGAAUGUAGCAAGUCUUUUACAUACUCCUCACAUCUUGUAGUUCACAAUAGAAUCCAUAGUGGAGACAAACCUUACAAAUGUACUGACUGUGGGAAAUCGUUCACACAGUCUUCAAGUCUUAAAUGUCACUACAGAAUCCAUAAUGGAGUCAAACCUUACAAAUGUACUGACUGCGAGAAAUCUUUCAAACAGUCUUCAAGUCUUAAACGUCACUACAGAAUCCAUUCUGGAGACAAACCUUACAAAUGUAAUGAAUGUGGCAAACCUUUUACACACUCCUCAAGUCUUAAACUUCACAAUAGAAUCCAUAGUGGAGACAAACCUUACAAAUGUAAUGAAUGUGGGAAAUCUUUCACAUGCUCCUCAAGUCUUAAAAUUCACCAGAGAUCUCAUAAUGGAGACAAACCUUACAAGUGUUCUGAAUGUGGGAAAUCUUUCAUACAGUUCUCAGAUCUUAAAUGUCACUACAGAAUCCAUACUGGAGAGAAACCUUACAAAUGUACUGAAUGCGGGAAAUCUUUUACAAACUCCUCAAGUCUUAAAAUUCACCAGAGAUCACACACUGGAGAAAACCCUUACAAAUGUACUGACUGCGGGAAAUCUUUCACACAGUCCUCAAGUCUUAAAAUUCACCACAGAAUCCAUACUGGAGACAAACCUUACAAAUGUUCUGAAUGUGGGAAAUCUUUCAUACAGUUCUCAAGUCUUAAAAUUCACCACAGAAUCCAUACUGGAGACAAACCUUACAAAUGUUCUGAAUGUGGGAAAUCUUUCAUACAGUUCUCACAUCUUAAAUGUCACUACAGAAUUCAUAAUGGAGACAAACCAUACAAAUGUACUGAAUGCGGGAAAUCUUUUACACACUCCUCAAGUCUUAAACUUCACAACAGAAUCCAUAGUGGAGACAAACCUUACAGAUGUAAUGAAUGUGGGAAAUCUUUCACAUACUCCUCAAGUCUUAAAAUUCACCAGAGAUCACAUACUGGAGACAAACCUUACAUAUGUACUGACUGCGGGAAAUCUUUCACACAGUCCUCAAAACUUAAACUUCACCACAGAAUCCAUACAGGAGACAAACCUUACAAAGGUACUGAGAGUGGGUAAUCUUUCACACAGUUCUCGAAUUUUAAAAGUCACCAAGAUGACAUAUUGGAGACAAACCUUACAAAUGUAAUGAAUGUGGGAAGUUUUUCACACACUUCACACACUCCUCAAAUCUUAAACAUCACAUGAGUUUACAUAUUCUAGAUUAGCCUUACAAAUGAAAUGAAUGUGGGAAAUUCUUUCUUCUUUCCUCUCAUCUUAAAGUUCACCACAGAAUCCGGACUGAAAAUAAACCUUAAAAAUGUAAUAAGUUUAGGAAAUCAUCUACAUAUUCCUCAAAUCUUCAGUUUACCACAGAAUCCAUACUGGAGAAAAUUUUAAAAUUUUAUUGAAUGUUGCAAAUCUUAUACACAGUCUUAAGAUCUUAAGUUCACCACAGAAUAUAUACUGGAGACAAACAUUACAAAUACAGUUAAUGUAGAAUAUCAUUUAAUCAAUCAUGACAUCUUCAAGUUCACUACAGAAUCCAUAGAAAAGGUAAUCUCCAUGAAUGAAAAAAGUUGUCAUGUCUUUUUCCUGAUCUUCAACUCUCCAAGUUCAUGAAAAUUCCAUCCUGAAAAGAAGCCUUAUAAAUGCAAUGAAUGUGGGAAAUUCUUUUCCUGGUCCUCAUCUCGUCAAGGUCUCCACAUAAUCCAUUCAGGAGAUGAACCUUACUAAUGUAAAGGAGGUGGAAAUGUCUUCACAGAAAUCAUAUCUUCAAACACAGCAUAGAAUUCAAACUCAAAACUUUACAAAAGUAAACAAUAUAGCAAAUCAUUUAGCAUGAGUUCAAACCUUGAAUUAAAUACAUCCAUGCACCAGACCAACUUGAUAGGCUAAUUGCUUUAUGUAUAUUUAUCAAGAACCAUUAAUGCAAAAAGAGAAAUAUAGUUAUAAGAAUUUAAACAGUGCUGAAACCUAAGUCAUUAUCAGUGAAUUCCCACAGGGUAGCCAUGUGCUUGAUAUUAGUUGGAAAUAUUUUACUCAGAAGCAACUCUAUUAUUCAUCAUGAGUAGUUAUAUUAAAUAGAAACUACGAAAAAAUUUUCACCUAAACUUAAUCUGACACCACUAAUUAUUAAUGAUAUAAAUUUCAUUUUCAAACUUAUUAAACAAUAUUUUAAAAUAUAAACAUUUAAGCUAAAAUAAUAACUAUUCUUACACAAACCUGUAAUAUAUGAUUUAUAUAGUUUAUCUUGGUGGAAUAUUUGAAUUUGUGGUAUGCAUUCACCAUGAAUUUUAUUGUGGUGUUAGUCUUUGAACAUUAUAGAGUAAUUUCGUAAUUUGAAACCAAAUCCUUCUUUGAUACAAUUAUCAAUAAAUAUAACUCUUUUAUUACUAUUGCAUUGUUGUAAUUACUAUACAUUGCCUCCUGGAAUGCAAACAUUUGUAUAUUUCAUUUCGUGAUUGAUGAUGCCAAAAAGAACCUGUCCCCAAAGCUUAAAUUUGUAACUUUGGAAAAUUCUAGACAGGAAUUAUGAAGUAUAUGGUGAUCCAUGGAACCCUGAGGUUUUCUAAGUAUGUGUACAUUAAAGUGAGUGUGUUUGUGUUUGUGUGUGUGUGUG